AAAAGACUGAGAAACACAAACAACAUUAGGCAAGAUGGCGUCGAAAUAUUUACUUAUGAUAUUCGUGUUGUACAUAUGUACACAUUGUGCAUUUUCUGAUACAUUUGAUAGAGUGUUUGGAAGUCUUGAUCCGUGCAAUAGUGCGUGUGAUACCACGUAUCCUCUUCACACGUACCCAAAGUCGGAGCAUCUAGACAGCUGCAAGAGAGGAUGCCGUCUGUUUGCGAUCUCAGGUUUCAUGAGUACGUCCAACGAUCUCAACGACACCAAAGAAUUAUGUCUGCAUUCAUGUAGCGAGGCAUAUGUGAAUGACACUCAAUAUGCCUGUGGCGUGGGAUGCACCAGUCAGCUUCCUUUUGCAAAGAAACGACAGGAAAAGUUGAUGAUGGAAGAUCAGCACAUACACGUGCUCAGCCCUCUUGUUUACAUACAAAGCUACUACUCGGACAUGAUGGACUUAAUAUCUAAGGGCGUGGCUUCGAUGAGCUGGUCCUGCAUCCGUAUACGUACAGCAGGACGACGGGAGGAUUGUCAUCGUACAGGUUCAACCCAUGGUUCAUUCACAUACAUAACACGGCGCAAUGUGCGAGCGGACACAAUCGCCGCAUUAGUGGCAGACGAAGCCCAAGUCGCAUCGCGCGACUGGCUGAGUUGUGUGUCCAAGAAGAUGGGACUGCCGCACUGGCUGCUGGUUGGCACAGUGUUCCUAUCCGCACUGGUUUUUGUCUUCAUAUGUCUCACAACGGCCGCCACUACCGCCGGAUGUACAACAGAAUGAAGGCUGCGUCAUUGAGCAUUAACGGAGACAUGGAGCGCAUGCAGAAGUUGUACGAUGGCAAAGACCUUAUUUGGAUUCAACCCGACUGUGAAGCAGGCCCUCUGCCAAUCAAACUGAAGGAAGAGAAGAUAUAAGGCAACAGCGAGUUGUGCGGCGUGGGUAUCAUUGAUUUUGGGCCGAGGUACCUAGAAAAAUAACACCCAAAUUUGUGAUUGCAUAACGGACCUUAAUUGAGACACAUACCCUACAGCAAUAAUCUAGAAAAAACGAAAUUCCUAGACCAGUUCCCCCCAUAUAACUAAAUCAGCGAUGACCCAAUUGGAGACUGCCAGUGUGCACAAGUACAGCGAUGAAGUUGACGGAAUAUUUGCGUUUAAUAUGGGGAGUAAUGUUUACGAAAGAAUUCUGUUAUGAUUAAUUUUUCAGACAACUACAGCUAAACUAAGCAGAAACUUCGCGGGGAGUAUUAAGUUGCCUCAAUGUUUGUCUGAAGUUAAAUGGGAUAACAUGGAUAUUUUGCAGUUGUUUUACCAAUGAUUUUUCACAUAUAUGCAAGUAGAAUGAUAUCAACCCCAAAUACUGAUUCAUUUAACAAAUUUACAACUUUCGCGAUGCAAUGCUUGAAAAUAAUUUUUACUGAUGCCCUUUGUGCUAGUACUUUGGUGAACAUUAAAUAGCAGCAGAUUCCUGCAUGUAGAAUUUUCUGUGUGCACCCCAUGAAUGUUAAGAGAAGGCCUUUAUCACUAGAAAUUAGAAUGGACCAUGCAACUAGUGGUUUUAUGGUUUUGGAAAUGUUUUAAUGUUUAAUGUUUAAAAUAGGUUCAUUACUGUUUUCCGCUUACUGUUGAGUUUGUCAUUGGUCGCUCUCCCCACUGAGUCUUUAUCUCUCUAUCUUUCUCACAUACACACUCUUUCUCUUGAUCUCUCUUCCCCUCUCUUUCACGUGCUUUAUUAUGUCACUCUGACUCCGUCUCUCUAGACCAUUGUAGACAUUUCUAGAGAGGAGGUAUAUGUGUUCCUUUUUAACACUGAAUUGGCUACUUUUGUUUCUGUACUUGAAAUUCCUUUCAGAAUCAUAUCAUGGCAUAACCUUGCCCGUUUUUCCAUGGUUCGGUCGUCAUUUUAUCGGCAUCAGUGCUAUUAUGCCUUUGCUUAUCAACACUAUAACUUGUAUCUCUUAUCCGCUAUACUAUGUGAUUAAAAUAUUAUUAGCGUAAUAUUGCGUGGCUUUCUUUUUCAAAUCGGUUAAAUUUUGGAUGAGAUAUAUUGUAUCCGGUGUGCGUGUGGAAUGUAUGUGUGAAUGCGUCGCUGUAGAACUUAUAUGAGGACUAUCACACUUUAUUGUUUUUUGGGGGGAACCUAACAUUUCAUUCCUUGUGGUGACGUGAUGACAUCACGUAUUUCGUCUACGCGGCUGUGUAUAGAAAUUGCGAAUUGGGGAAAAACGUAAUUGUUAGUAGCUCUCUUUUGUGGUCUGCAUUUCCAGAGCAAUGCGGACAUGUCCAAAUCCAGGCAAAAUGGUGUAUGUAUAUAAUUAACAGACGGUGAAAGAAGUAGGUUGCACAAAUUGUAUACUGUUGAGUAUGUGCAUAUUGUACGUGUGGUGGAGGAAAGUGUGUAUAUGUGACCAUGUUAUAGGAUUGGGAAGCAAAACGAGAAGGUUAUAUGAAUGCUUUCGCACCUUGUAAUUAAGGUAAGAUCAGUUGACGAAGAAUAAUUUAUUGAUUUAUUGGGUUACAAAUAAAGCAGAGUUCCUCAGUUAUGUGGUAUUCUGUUAGAGAAUAACACUGUUUGCCAGGCAUAAAUGAUCGGUCUGGCGACAAAGGUAAUUUUAAGGAACUAUAAGAAAUUUGUGAUAUAAUCAACCAUUUUAAUUAUAAUACAAUAAAAUGUUGCUUUCACUGGCCAUUUGGUUAUAAACGAGGUAGAACUAAAUUGGGAGAUCAGGGGCGUGUACAGGGGGGGGGGGGUCCAGAGGGUCCGCCCCCCUCCCCUGCUCGCGCAGAAACAG